AUGGAGAGUCUUCAGGCAGAAAGGAACAAACCAACCAAGAAUAUGAUUAACAUCAAUAGCUGCCUGGAAGAGGUCUUUGGCUGUGCCAUUAAGGCUGCCUAUCCAGUUUUGGAAAACCCUCCACUGAUAGUGACACCCAGUCAGCAGCCCAAGUUUGGAGACUAUCAGUGUAAUAGUGCUAUGGGCAUCUGUCAGAUGCUUAAAACCAAGGAACAGAAAGUUAAUCCAAGAGAAAUUGCUGAAAACAUUGUCAAACACCUCCCGGACAAUGAAUAUAUUGAGAAAGUUGAAAUUGCUGGUCCUGUUCCAUCAGAAAUCCUAACAGUUGAAUUACAGUCCAAGCUAAUGUUUAAGCCUUGUUUAUUAUUAAAUGUUAUUAAUGAAUGUGUUAGCAAAAGAAAAUGUUUAUACCCCCCUCUAAAAAAUCUUUAUUAUUUAUCCCAGGUUAUAGUUGACUUUUCCUCUCCCAACAUAGCUAAAGAGAUGCAUGUAGGCCACCUCCGGUCAACAAUCAUAGGCGAGAGCAUGUGCCGCCUCUUUGAGUUCGCAGGAUAUAACGUGCUGAGAUUAAACCAUGUAGGAGACUGGGGAACCCAGUUUGGCAUGCUCAUUGCUCACCUGCAAGAUAAAUUUCCAGAUUACCUAACAGUUUCACCUCCCAUUGGGGAUCUUCAGGCUUUUUAUAAGGAAUCCAAGAAGAGAUUUGAUACUGAGGAGGAAUUUAAGAAGCGAGCAUAUCAGUGUGUUGUUUUGCUCCAGAGUAAAAAUCCAGACAUCAUAAAAGCUUGGAAACUUAUCUGUGAUGUCUCCCGCCAAGAGUUUAAUAAAAUCAAUGAGGCAUUGGACAUCUCUUUAAUAGAGAGGGGAGAAUCCUUCUAUCAAGAUAAGAUGCAUGAUAUUGUAAAGGAAUUUGAAGAUAGAGGAUUUGUGCAAGUGGACGAUGGCAGAAAGAUUGUGUUUGUUCCAGGAUGUUCUGUACCAUUAACCAUAGUAAAAUCGGAUGGAGGUUAUACCUAUGAUACAUCUGACCUGGCUGCCAUUAAACAAAGACUGUUUGAGGAAAAAGCAGAUAUGAUCAUCUAUGUGGUGGACAAUGGACAAUCCUUACACUUCCAGACAAUAUUUGGUGCUGCUCAAAUGAUUGGUUGGUAUGACCCUGAAGUAACUCGAGUGUCUCAUGCUGGAUUUGGUGUGGUGCUGGGGGAAGACAAGAAGAAGUUUAAAACACGAUCAGGUGAAACAGUGCGCCUCAUUGACCUCCUAGAAGAAGGACUAAAACGCUCCAUGGACAAAUUGAAGGAAAAAGAAAGAGACAAGGUCUUAACCACAGAGGAAUUGAAGGCUGCUCAGACAUCUGUUGCUUAUGGCUGUAUCAAAUAUGCUGAUCUUUCCCAUAACCGGCUGAAUGACUAUAUCUUCUCCUUUGACAAAAUGCUGGAUGACAGAGGAAAUACAGCAGCUUACUUAUUGUAUGCCUUCACUAGAAUCAGGUCGAUUGCACGUCUGGCCAAUAUUGAUGAAGAGAUGCUCCGGAAAGCCGCUCGAGAGACCAAAAUCAUUUUGGACCACGAGAAGGAAUGGAAACUAGGCCGGUGCAUUUUGCGGUUCCCUGAGGUUCUGCAGAAGAUUCUAGAUGACUUACUUCUCCACACUCUGUGUGAUUAUAUCUAUGAGCUGGCAACUACUUUCACAGAAUUCUAUGAUAGCUGCUAUUGUGUGGAAAAAGAUCGGCAGAGUGGAGAAGUACUGAAGGUGAACAUGUGGCGUAUGCUGCUAUGUGAAGCAGUUGCUGCUGUCAUGGCUAAGGGGUUUGAUAUUCUGGGAAUAAAACCUGUCCAAAGAAUGUAAUCCUCCUAAGGUCUGAACACUGUGUGUUUUCACCAAAGUGGCCAUUAGCAUUGUUUGCUUUUUUACAAUCAUGUGGAUACAAAAACAAGUAAAAGGAAUUUAUCAACUAUCUA